AUGCCAGCCUCAUCGUUUCAAAGUAAUGGGGUCUCCAUGACAGUACCCUCUUCUCCACAAUACAUCCCUGCUAAUGGCGCCCCGAUAGACCAGUCUGCUCCGAUCCCACCACCACCACCACCACCGGCGGUGAAUAGCGCCGGAGGUUUGGACCAGUUGGAAAUGAUCAACGCGCCGGAUAAUAAGGUGGACAAGAGUCGAGAGAUCACCCCCUACCCUGGUUACAUUCCUCCUCCACCACCUGCCGCCUCCUUCCCAACUCUCAUCGACAAUUCAGACCUCCCCCCGCAAUCUCGUGUCAACCAGCAAUCCUCCAACACGUACCGCUCGGAGACCCCUCUUCAAAUCCUGUCUUCAGAUACCCGACGUGACUUUUCGUGUCCUUCUGAACUCACCUCCAUCACUGAUUUCCUGACAUGCGUCCGCCGCUUGUCUACAGUAACCCUGGAUGAGCACAAUAUGCUGUGUGAUUUCGAAAAGGACUCCGGGUGUCGAUUCAAAUCGAUUUCCAGUCCAUUGAGUGUUGGAAACUUCCCGAAUGCUGAUCACUAUCGGACGUUUGCUAGUUUGGCGGGACGUCCUGAGGAGGAGCAGCCAUCUGGAAAUUUUGUGUUCUUCAUUGAGCAUCGGGGCACCGACGCCGAGGACGAGUUCAUCAUGUCCACCCCAAUAACAUGUCAAAAAGGGAACGGAGUUCUGAAAUUCAACUAUUGGAUAGUGGGACAACAAGACAAAGUGAUGCUCAGGGUGUGCACCCAGAAUCAUCUCUCGAGGUCUUGCACCCAAUCCAUCGCCUAUAACGCCCCGAGUGCCUCCAUCGCCAUCGAAGUCGUCCAUCCGAAUUCCACGUUUUUCGAGUUGGAAAUUGUGGCCUCGAAUCUUGUGGACCCUGCUGUAAUUGUCUAUGAUAACAUUGAGUAUAAAGCAGAGCUGUGUGAAUGGGAUCAGCAAAAAGUGACGGAGGAUACUGUAGAUGAGAAGCCGAUCGCGUCGGUUGACUCGUUUUUUGAGGCGGAGGAGAGGGAGGAGUCUAAGGAAGAUCCAUCUGGGGAGCAGAAGAAAGGGGAAAUUUCAGAAGAGAAAUCAGAGUUAUUGGCGAACCCCGUGCCAACGAGACCGAUUCGAUUGUCACCGAGAAGAGCGGAGAUGGAGCAACUAAUCUCCGAGCUCACCGAAGAGGGGCGUGGCUCCGAAGUUAUCGAGGACUCAGAGGAUCGAGAUGAACCGCAGACAGUUUGCAAGUUGUUAAAUUGCAAUUUUGACGAGAACAUGUGUAAUUAUAAUAAUUACGUGAAUGACAGUAUGAACAUUGCCAACUGGCAACUUGGGAACAAUCGGAUCGGCAACCCGCAUACAGGAGUGAGAGAGGGCAGUGGCUUCCUGUACGUGGGCACCGAUAGCUCCGCCAACUCGAAACUUGUCAACUACAUUCUUGAAUCGCCUGACCUCUCCGUCGACGAGGACUUCCACCUGACGAUGGACAUCUACCGUAGAUCAAAUGACAUCACUCUCCAAAUCUGCAUAGACACACCAUUCUACUGUCCCUACACCAUAGAUCCAUUCGACAAAGAGACGAAUUGGAUGGAGGGACAGAUGUUCAUGAUUCCAAAGGGGACACUCAAAGUUUAUAUAAAAGCGAUUCAGUGGAAACGAUUCAAGUGGUUGGCUAUUGAUAAUUUGAAAGUGACUUCUAACAAGUGUUAA